AUGCCCGAGUUCAGAAAAGGAGAUAGCGUCCGCUACAAGCCUGUGGGAGGCCCUGAAUCCCAUACCUCCGAGACAGUGGGCGUCAUCCGCGAAGUCAGCACCAAGCCAACCCAGUUGACGGGUCGGAACGUGGCGGCUUCGGAGGAGGAGCCGCGGUAUGAGAUCGAGAACUCCCAUACACAUCGGAGAUCGGCCAUCAAGGAGUCCAAUAUCCUUGGGCCUGCUGAGUAG